AUGGGGGUUACUUCCCGCUGUCAAGGACCGCGCCCGGGACCAGCUAUACUCGAUUCUCCAACACUCCGGCUUGUUGGACGAGCAACCGAUCGAGUGGCAGGCACGCCCACUUCGAUUCCCGUAUAUCGCAAUGUUACUGGGAAGAUCCGGGGCAACUGGGUUCGCUGGCAUGGUCCCGAGACAGAAAACCUCCCGCAGCUGAAUACCACGGCAAUCAUGCUGAGACAUGAUUAUUUUACCAAUAUAUUCGCGAAUAAUAUUACUACGGACCACGGAGCUCUCUUGAUAGAGUUACAGGAGGAGGACAGAGAAGGUCUCGCCUUGGACGGGUCAAGCGCCAGGGAGAUAAGAGCAGAUAUCACCCUAUACACGGAUGUGUCACUGGGGGCCAGCCAUUUCGUACGGCUCUUCGGAGUGCAUUUCCCAUCAUCGGGCGGAAUUAUUCUCAGCACCACCAGUGAAAAGUUCGCUGGUUUGUCAGCAAUGCCUCAAUUUGCUCUUUCGAAUGAUACAUUUGAACUCGCCCGUCAGCUAUUGAAUAGGUCAUUGACUGAAACCUUGGCUAAAGAGAAAGCCGGCCCUGUCGAUUAUUUGCCUUGGUCGUCUCUUCCUAACGGCCCGAGCACCAUGACAUUCCCUGCGCCGAAGUGCGAAUAUAUCGUGUAUCUUCAGCAGCAUCCCGUGGUAAUAAAGGGCCAAAUAGCUCGAAUCCCUCUGUUGCAAUCGAUCGAAGAUGAACUGCGUUUCCCAAUUGGAGCCCCAGUGCCGUCUCCACCACUGAUGGCGAUGUCUAUGACGCUUUUCUCUCCAGAUUGUGGAUUCGUGUUGGAGAGCAAAGGGUCGCCAGCUUAUUCCCCUUUAGAUGGACUCUAUCUUUCGGGCCCCAAGCAGGAGCAAUACCGGAAACACGCUGGGCGGUUAGUAGUGAUUAUGGCGGCAGUUCUUUGCACCCAGAUUCACCUGCUGAUGAGGCAGAUGAAAGAGGCCUCCACACCCUCAACUAGGAGCCGAGUCAGCUUCUACACAAUCGCCAUGAUGUCUAUAGGCGAUGCUCUUUUUGGUUCAUUUAUUCUGAUGCAGUUAUAUGACGAAGCUCCGUUCCUUCUGCUUACCACUGCGACAUUUUUGACAUUCUUCUCUAGCCUCAUCCGAGUAUUCCCGUUUCUCUAUUUCUAUGCCCUCCCAGGCAAUGUCCUCUUUAUCAAGUUUAGUUCUAUAUUUACUGUGGGAAUUGCAGCCUGGGUAUGGAUGCAAACGGUGAUUCUAGCUGGCCAGGACCUCCUAGGCCCAAGAUUUUUAGUUCCCAACGGCUGGGCACCGCCAGCCUACGAUUACCACCCAAUUUUGCGGGAUACAUCUGCGUCAGGCUCCAGUGAAGAUAUCGAGGCUGCAGGUGUUUUGCCGAUUGGAUUCCUCCGAGGAGAAGCAAUUCAUACCGCUCCAAGCAGUUCGGGGGACGACAACAAGCAUGGCUCGGACAAUACUAAUACCCACGACAAGGAUCGCAAGACUAGGCGAUUCGACUGUGCCAUCUGCAUGCAGGAUAUCGAUGUGCCGGUCCUCACGGCCCCGAGCAGUAGCACGGUGUCCGAUUUGUAG